UGCGCACAUCCUGCGCUUCCGCCUCAGGUAUGUCCCUGACGUACACGCUGCAGUGAUAGACUGCGGUUAGAGUCAAAGAUGAAUCAAAAAAAGAUUAAAUUAUCAGGUGCACAAUUCAGAAAGCACCGCAAAGUAGAGGAGGAGAAGAAAGAACAAUAUCGAGGUAAGAAUCACCCCGAUUGUGGACAUAAUUUAUGUCGACAUGACAUGAUAUGCUAUCAGUACAGGACUCUUGAUAUUUUUUAUUAUAUAUUUGUAUUGUUUUUUAUAGCUUACAAAUUUGUCUGCCUGAGUGUGCAUCUGUUUACAGUCCAAAAGCCUUCUUUUGCGUUCGUUCAUGCACAACACUGUGCGUGGUGUAGUCUAGAGUAGUAUAGUGUAGAUUCGUGUAGUAUAGUGUAGUAUUAGUGUAUAUAUAACUGAGUGUUUUCAGUGUAUUAAGAUCAUAGACUGUAUAUUAAAGAGAUUAAGAUCAGUGAGUGGUUAUUGUUGUAAUAAUGUCUUUCCGGUGGAGGGCAGUCAUUUACUGAGUCCCAUUUAAACAACCACAGAAGAAAAGAGGGGGCGGACCCGAGUCUCCUCCGGGAGAGCCAGGCUGCGCACCGCGGCGCGAGGAUGGGCCGCAGCGAGGAGCUCAGUGACUUUCAGCGGGGGACGGUGGUCGGCUGUCACCUGUGUCAGAAGUCCGUGCGGGAGAUCUCGGCCCUGCUGAAGCUGCCCCGCUCCACCGUGAGCUCCGUCAUCCUCAAGUGGAAGCGUGGCGGCAUCACCACGGCUCUGCCCCGCAGCGGCCGCCCGCACAAGCUCCAGGAGCAGCAGCGCCAGGUGCUGGAGCGGGUGGCGCUGGAGAAGGGUCUGCCCUCCGUGGAGGCUCUCACCGCCGAGUUCCAGAGCGAGUCCGGGGCCAGCGUGAGCUCCAGGACCGUGCGCAGGGAGCUCCGGGAGAUGGGCUUCCGAGGGAGGGUGUCCACGUACACGGCUAAAGGAGGGGAAAAGAAGCAGACACUCCUCAGCCAAGAGGACGCCCAGGUGGACGUGUCCCGUCUCGACUUGCGUGUUGGACGUAUCCUCACAGCGCUGCAGCCUUCAGAGACGGAGAGUGUGUGUGUGAAGCAGGUCGACGUGGGAGAGGCUGCUCCCAGGACAGUGGUCAGCAAACUGGCUCAGCACAUACCAGUGGAUCAGAUGCAGAACCGCAUGGCCGUCCUGCUCUGUAACCUGAGGCCAGCCGAGAUGGGGGGGGUGGUGUCCCAGGCGAUGGUCAUGUGCGCCUGCUCGCCGGACAAGGUCGAACUCCUUGAUCCUCCAAGUGGAGCAGCACCAGGAGACAGAGUGACUUUCCAGGGCUUCCCAGGUGAACCAGAUAAGGAGCUGGAUCCCAAAGAGAACGUGUGGGAGCAGAUUCAAGCGGACCUUCGCACGGAUGCCCAGUGUGUUGCUGCGUACAGAGGAGCGGCCUUCAGAGUCCUCGGCAAGGGAGUUUGCAAAUCCCAAACCAUGAGUGAUAGUGAAAUCAAGUAAACUGUCAGCACUGCUUGAAAAUCCCUGCUUUAAAAUUCCUGCAAUGAAAAUUACGUGGAAAGACUUCCCCAAGGACAGGAGGCCCCGUAGCACCAUAUAAAAACACACAAGGUUUUGGACUGACAUGUCCAACAACCACAUAGGUGUUUGAGUGCCCACAUGCUUUUGUGGUGAACCCCCAGGAAAAUGAGGGUGAUGCUUACAUUGCCCAUUGCCCGGACAGAUGUGAAAAUUGCUGUUACAUUUUUUUCCUAUUAUGAAAACCUGCAGUUUUGAAAUUGGCCAAGGGAGGGCGCUGCAGCAGCAAUGAUCAUGUUCAGUAUGUGUGUGGAGACGGGAGAAGGUGCAGUACACAUGAGAAGAUGCAGUACACAGUACAAAGUCAUAUCCAAGAUGGUAAAAAGACCAAGGGGAAUUCUACAGAAGAACCCCAUCGAGGUGGGAAAGUGUUUUUCCCAUGUGACCACAGUGGUGAUUUCCACUGAUAUUCAGAUGAAACUCAUCGGUGCAGUCCCAGUAGAAACAAGGAGACAUUCAACAGUUUUCUUUUCUAUUCAUGGUCAAGAAAAGAGCUCAGAAGUACCUAGUUUAACCAACUGUAAAAUGUCAGCUCUUUGUUCUUUCAUGGAGGUUGUGUGGGUUUUUCACAGUAUGAGUCCGACGCUGACGCAUGAUGUAUGUGUGUCGGUACAAACAGCCUGCGGCAGGUUCCAUUCCAAAGGACGUGUUCUGUCUGAUCAGUGUUAUAACGGAGAUCUCCUCAUUGUUUUUCCUGAUUUUUGUUCAACUGAAGUUUGGAAACUGGAAAGUGAGACCUCCGAAAUGGAUGUGAAAGUGGAAGUUUAUUCACCCAGAAACUUCUGUAUCCAUCCUGCUAUUUCAAACUCUACUCUUGAUUCAAGAUUCAAGAUUUUGUAUUGUCAAAUGCACAACAAUAACAUUAAGCAGUCGCUGGCAGUGAAAUGCUUGAGUCUCAGGCUCUCUUCUAGCAAUGCUCAAGUAAUUACAACCUAUAAAAUAAAAUAGAAAUAGUAUAAAAUAGAAUAAAAUAGAAUUCUAUUGUUUUAGGAAGGCAGUGAAAGUAAUUUGCUACUUCAUUUGACAUGUUUCUGUUUGCUCAGCCUCCAUCAUGAUCACUAAUGAUCAGAGAUGUUUCAAUACUGACAUUAGCAUCGGAAAUGCCUCAGAUACGGACGAAGAUGCCAGGUCGGGACACAGCGAAUUUGUGAAUCUAUGAACCGAUCCUAUACCUUAUGUUUAAAGAGUAUUUGUUUCACCCAGAUAAAACUGAAGUUUUCUUUUCCCAGAAGUCAUUUCUUCUUUGCUGUAAAACAGUUUAAACAGCAGAACUCGUUUUUAAGGGUUUAACCUGAGCCCGGUCAUAAAAAGGUGAUACAAUCAUCACUUCCAUUCUGGGUUAGUACUUUACAGCUGUGGAAAUACACUGAUAUCAGAUCGGUACUCAGUAUCUGCCGACACACAAAGUCAAGGUAUCAGUAUCGGGAAGUGAAACAAAUGUAUUUGGACAUCUCCAUUAAUUAUCCUGCUUAUAAAAAUGAAGAGUUGUCUUUGAAGGAGCAACCGAAAAAGAAACUCUCUUUUCGUGUUUGCCUUUUGCUUGAGGCUGAAGGAGUCCAUGAAGUAAAACACAAACACACAAAGUUCUCUUCCCUUAUUUUAAUGGAAGAACUGAAGAUAACCCAUUGAGUAGAAUGGGGAUGUGAUUCAGGAACUAAGAAGAGGAACAGAUUGGCCGAGACAUAAAUCUUUUGACAAAACUCGUGGGCUUUCAGUUACAGUAUCACGCUUUCUGUGAUAUAAGAACAAUAAUAAUACACUUUAUUUGUAUAUGCUGAUGUGUAUAUAUAGUGCUUUAUAUGCAAUAUAAAACUUAAUAAAAUGUUUAAAAAUCUAAAAUAAUGUUUAAAUAUAAUUCAAAAGAUUUUAGGUAACACAGGGGUGAGUAGAUAAUGAGUGAAUUAUCUUUAUUGGGUGAACUAUUCCUUUAAACUCCCUCCAACGUCACCUUCGGGAUGAUGCUGUUAUGUCUGUGACCUUUUUAAAGUCACAUUUAGAACUUGUUUUUCUUCCCAAACAAAUCACCCUUAGUUCCAAAAGAAUUUCCAUGUGGUGUCCUGGAGCCACAAUGUGAAGUUUUGUUUUUGUUUUUGUGCACAGCAGAGGUUUUUGCUCAUGCACACCGGAGGCCUGUAUCACUAAGCUCAUUCAACAUACUCAGGAUAUCUUUUUGUUAUCAUGAUUCACUUAACCUAACAUUGUCCUCCCUGAUAACCUGUGAUUUUCAAGCGUUCCCUCUUAUAUGGUAUAAAGAACUUUAUUCACGGUUCGGAUGAUGUGGGUCAUACUUGUUGACUUUGACUCUGCAUCAUGGUUUUCAAGGGGUGGAAUAUCUUAACUCUGUUAGAUAAAGUCGUGACCCUCCCUGCAUUUAUGUAAAUCAACAAUUCUUGAUUGUAAUAUUUUUUAGAUCUCUUUUUCUUGGUUCACAUCAACAGAUCAACCGUGGACUCAGUGAGUGUGUGUGUGUGUGUGUGUGUGUGUGUGUGUGCGUGUGUGCGUGUGUUUCCCAAUCGUCCUCUCAUUCACACCUAUGAUCUGGUUUCUUCUUUUGAAGUUUCCACGUGUUAACUCAUGACUGCAGUUUGUUGACGUCCCUGUGGUCAUUGGCCUCUUGGACUGAUUUGUUUUCCAACUGUGAACAAUACAGUGAUUUAUGUGUGUAUUUUUUCAAUCGAUUAUAUUUAUAAUCCAUCUGCUAUGCUUACCUCCACCAAGAAGGUUCGGGUUUCACUCCUUUUUUCACUUUGUUUGUUUCUCAGCAGGAUUACACAGAAACUAUCCCAUGAGAUGGGAUUCAGUGGAUAGAUAGAUAUUUCUUUUCACUUUCACCAUUUCUCCAGGGAAUAAUUCAUGGACCUUGAUGAACAGGCAUAUUUGGGGGACUGAUAACUAUGAGCGUGUGUAAUUUGAUGCAGCCUGACUGAAUUUAAGGGGACAGUAGGGUGUAGUGGUGAUUUGAAUGUUAGGUCAUUUCAUGUCUGCUCUCACUUGUAUUGGUCAAAAACAGCUGAACUGAUUUUUAAGGGAUUUUUUUUAAGCGUGGGGCUCGACCCAAUUACGAAAAUGAGACCUGCACAGAUCCAAAACAACCAGGGACUUCCUUUAAGGUGGUGACAUAGUUCAUGAGCCUAUAGGCAUGUGCUGUGCUGUCUUAUGUAGAUGUGAAUACACACUUUUGUUCGCUUGUUACAAAUGGUAAAGUGGUAUCUUUAUCAAUAAAUCAAGUGCCUUGGUUUGUGUUGACUACCACAGGCUGACAUUAACAAAACCACUCGAUAUCACACACGCCAACACACAGCUUCAGUACACUUGACUCAUGCAGGAACCAAUAGAGGACACAUCGCUGGAGAGAGUGGAGGUACUGUAGAGGUUCAUCACACGUCUCCGUCCCUGCGGUAACAAACCUGGAGGAGUCGGACUUGUAGGUGUGUGCAGCCGCUCGACUCGCUGUGGUUUCUGUCUGAGGGGAAAGUUUGUCAACAAGUAGCUGAAGCCUGGUUUCAUCUCAACCCACGAGCACUGAGCGGGCCCCCUGUUCUGCAUCCUGUUAUUGAAAGACAGCAAAGGGCAGGAAACCAAGUGAAAAUUCUGCCACGUGUGCGUCAUGGUCUCCCUGUGUUUGUGUGGUAUUUCUGGUCCCUGCAAAGACCUGAUCUCAACACUUAAUGGAGCCUGUCUGGGUUCACAUUGAGAGACACAAAACACUGAGACAAUCACAAUAAGAUCUGGGACAUGUUCUCUGCUUUUCUUGGAAAAUACACAACACAACUGGUGUUGUUGCACAAACCAAAUGAGAACUAUUUGACAGGAUGGAACCUGGACCAAGAAAGAACUGUACAGUUAUUCCCGAAAUUAUAUUAUAUUAUAUAUAUCAUAUAUUAUAAUAUUUAAUUAUGUUUAUUUAUUUCACCCUCACUGUAUAAUUGUAAUACGCAUACCGUUUAAUAUUUAUCCCUGCACUUCUUUUCUUAGACCGUCGCACUGUUCAGACUGUUUGUAUUGUUUUGUUUUGUUUCGUUUUGUUAUGUAGUGUGAAUUCUAUGUAAACCCACUUUACCAAGUCAAAUUUCCCUGUUUGUGCAAACUUACUUGGCCUAUAAACUUGAUUCUUAUUCUUCUUCUGAUUCUGAAAACCUUACAUUUUGACAUGUAAAUAAUUCAUGAAUCUCCCUGAAAAUAAUCAUUUAUAUACAUUUACAUAUUCAGGGAAAACUGAUAUCUAUGAGUGGGUGUAAUUUGAUGUUGACUGUUGGACCUUGGUGGAAGUAUGAGCAGAUACAAACAACACCACAUCAGUGUGCCAGAAAACACACACAAUAAAAUGUGAUCGAAUACA